AUGGGUUUAUAUUUAACAAAGCCAGAGACAACAAAGCUAACCCAAUCAGGUAAAGUGUUUGAUUUUGCUUAUACAUCAACAUCGUUGCAAGGUUGGUAAAUUCAAUAGGAUGAAUUUGUAAUAAUUAAAGAGAAAUUUGAUCAAGAGAAUUGUUUAUUCUGCAUAGUAGAAUAAUAUGGUGGAAUGGAAUAUGGCAAAUAUAUUCAAGAUCACAUAAUAGAAGCACUAAUUAGUGAUCAAGAAUACAAAUAGAAAAAUUAUGAUAAAGCGAUAAUUGGUUUGUAUGAACGAUUAGAUAAUUAACUAAAAAAUUAAUUUAAAGAUAGCACUAGUUAUUAAGGUGUAACUUUAUUAUUAACAUUAAUCACUAAUGAAAACAUUUAUGUAGCUAAUGCAGGAGUAAUAUAAGUAUUUUGAUUAAUAGUUAUCGAGAUGUGUUAUUAGAUAUGAAGGUAAGCAUAAAGUAAUGACUGUUGAACAUUAUCCAAUGAAUGAUCUUGAAAAAUAAAGAAUCCUUGCAGCUGGAGGAGAAGUUUGGGAAAAUAGAUUAAAUGCUCAUCUCCCAUACAGUAGAGGACUAGGAAAUUUCGAAUAUAAAUCCAAUUCUAAUUUAGAUUAGAGUAAAUAAUUGCUUAUCUCUGUUCCAAGCAUUAAAUACGUUGAUAAAGAGGAAACUUAGUUAAUCUUAAUGGGAAGUCAUGGUAACAAUUAUUAAUUUGAUAAAUUUUAGGAUUUUGGGAAACUUGGACAAAUAAUGCUAUCACAGAACUUAUUCUAGAGAGGAUUUAAUAAGGAAAACAAUUGCCUGAUAUAUUAGAAACAAUUUGUGAUUCGAUUAUAGCUUAGAAUGUUGAAUCUGAAUAUGGUAAAGAUAAUAUCUCUAGUAUUUUAAUUUAUUUUUAAAGAGAAUAAAAGCAAGCUAUUUGA